UUCCAACAUAGACAUAUUACACGCAAACAUUGGAGACGAGGAAUGUGCUCGGUACAGACAUUGUAUGGACAUGAGCAUGGAGUAUGGGGCGUGCAGUUCCAAGGCGAUACAUUGGUCAGUGGCUCAGAGGAGGGCGUGAUGAAGGUGUGGGACAUCAAUGAAGGCCAAUGUACACAUACACUGGAGGGUCACAGCAAUGUGAUCAAUUCAUUCCAUUUCGAGAACGAUCAUAUUGUGAGUGGCAGCGAUGAUUCCACUCUCAAGAUGUGGAAUGCUCGUACUGGACAGUGCACCAACACCUUCCGUGGACAUGAUGGCUCGAUCUGGAUGCUAGAGUUUAAGAACAACUUCCUGGUUAGUGGUGGCGACGACCGCACGAUCCGACUGUGGGACAUGAACACUGGCGACCAGCUGUCAGUACUACAGGGCCACAUGGGCAGGAUCUACUACCUACAAAUCGGCACCGACUUCAUUGUGAGUGGCUCACAGGACAAGACAUGCAAGCUGUGGGACAUUAGAUCUGGACAGGUUGUCCAGUCGAUGAGCUCGGACUCGGCAGUCCAUUGUCUACAGAUGGGCGACGAGUCGUCGGCAGGAUGGUCGGUGGCCAGUGGACAUAACAAUGGCAACAUUAACCUUUGGAACAUUAGGACCGGCACACUGCAGGCAGCCUUGUCUAACCCGCUAAGCUGUCCUGUAUGGCAUAUACAAUAUCGCAAGAACUAUUUAUACACAUCAAACUUCAACAAUCUACAUUCAUGGGACUUGAACACAGCCGAGUUGCAAGCGCCAUCCUCCACGCCAUUGGUACACUCAAGAGUGUUCAAAGGACAUACCAAGACAGUUAAGCACUUCCAGGUCGGUGACAAUAGAUUGGUCAGUGGUGGAAUGGACAACAUGAUCAAAGUAUGGGACUUGGAGAGUCCAGGCGGAUCAUACCUCUACACCCUCGCCGGACACACUGGCAGCGUCGACUGGCUCGAGUUCAAAAAUGACAAACUGGUCAGUUGCUCAUCAGACAAUACCAUCCGAGUAUGGGAUUACGAU